GGUAAAUAAAUAGCAACCAUGAAUGACUUCUUCGAUUCGGACCCAACUCCACCGCCAGCGCUAUCCAUGGCGGCGACAACGACGGCGGUGGCGAAGUCGGAUCCUCGCAUCCGCCAUGCCCAAGCAAUCAAAUCCCCGGCCACUGAUCGUUCUGUUUACAACAGUCUCAUCACUCUCUACUCCAAGUCAAAUUUGCUCCAUUACUCUGUUCGUCUCUUCGAUCAAAUCCCAUUUCCCAGUGUCGUUUCUUGGACUGCUUUCAUCUCUGCUCAUUCCAACACAUUCCUUUCUCUUCGCCAUUUUGUUUCUAUGCUCAGAUACCCAGUUUUUCCCAAUCAACGCACAUUAGCUUCUCUUUUCAAGACCUGCGUUUCUCUCUCUUGUGUCUCUUUCGGCCUUUCUCUUCACUCCCUUGCCCACAAACUCUCACUCUGCAGCGAACCCUACUCUGGCUCUGCGCUUGUGAAUUUCUACUCCAAAUGUCGGUUGCUCGAUGAUGCUCGUAAGGUGUUCGAUGAAAUUUCUGACAGAGACGAGGUUUGCUAUUCUGCCCUUGUCGUUGGUCUAGCGCAAAAUGCGCAGUCCAUUGCCGCAUUGUCGAUGUUUAGGGAGAUGAAAGCUUCUGAUGUUGCGUCCACGAUGCAGAGUGUUUCGGGGGCUCUUCGUGCUACGGCUGAUCUUGCUACGUUGGAACAAUGCAGGGUUUUACAUGCGCACGCUGUGGUUACUGGAUUGGAUACGGAUGUGAUUGUUCAAACUUCUCUGAUUGAUGGGUAUGGGAAAUCGGGGCUGAUAAUCGAUGCACGACAGGUGUUUGAUGAAAAUUUGGGAUGUAUGAAUGUUGUGGGGUGGAAUGCAAUGUUGGCAAGUUAUGCACAGCAGGGAGAUAAGAACUCCACGCUUUUGCUAUUCAAUUCAAUGCAAGCUUUCGGGAUGUCUCCUGAUGAAUACAGCUUCUUAGCCAUUCUGACAUCAUUAUGCAGUUCAAGUUUAGUUAGUGAGAUUGAACUGUGGCUGAGAAGAAUGAGAGUGGAGUAUGGAGUGGAACCUACACUAGAGCAUUUUACUUGUCUCAUAGAUGCAAUGGGAAGAGUUGGGAAAUUAAAAGAAGCUGAGAGGGUAGCCAUGACAAUGCCUUUCGUGCCAGAUGCUGCGGUUUGGCGUGCAUUGUUAUCAAGCUCUGCAAGCCAUGGUGCAGGCGAUAUGGCAUGGACGAUGGCGAAACGGUUACUGGAGAUUAACCAGCGUGAUGACUCGGCUUAUGUGAUUGUUGCCAAUGCUCUAUCUGCUACAGAGAGAUGGGAGGAAGUGGCAGAAGUGAGGAAGCUGAUGAAAGAAAGAAAAGUGAAGAAGAAAAGUGGGAGAAGUUGGAUUGAAGUGAGAGGGGAAGUUCAUGUGUUUCUAGCAGGGGACAGAAACCAUGAAAGGAAUGAGGAGAUAUAUGGAAAGCUAAGAGAGCUGAUGUGGGAGGUAGAGAAGCUUGGGUAUGUUCCAAUUUGGGAUGAGAUGCUUCAAGAAGUAGGGGAAAAGGAAAAGAAGGAAGCGCUUUGGUAUCACAGUGAGAAAUUGGCGCUGGCUUAUGGGAUGCUGACCGGAGUUGCACCACCUGGAAAAGCUCUGCGGAUUGUAAAGAAUCUAAGAAUAUGCAGAGAUUGUCAUCAAGUUUUCAAAUACGCAAGUAGGGUGCUGAAGAGGGAGAUUAUAGUUAGAGAUAUAAACAGAUACCAUAGAUUUUCAAAUGGUAGUUGCACCUGUAAAGACAUCUGGUAAAGAUGUAGCCAAAUAAAUCCCCAAAUAUGAAUUGGAAAGAGGAUGUAAUUUAAUUUCAUCAUAUUCAUUAUAAGAGAACGGAACCUCGAGAGCUGAGCGCCAAAAACCGGCUCGGUGAAGGAACUUGGCAAUUCAUUUUUU